CCGGGGAAAAGUUUAAGAAAGUUUGCAAAGUCUGGGGAGGCUGCAGUGCAGAAGUCUGAGGCUUGAGCCAGGAGCAGAAUCCAUUCUUCAGCACCUGGGUGGCACCUUUUCCUCGCCAGCCAUGGAUGCGGAGGGUGCCUCCUGCGAGGGAGCCUUUGCCGAAGCCCAGAGAUGGGUAGAGGCAGUUACUGGGAAAAGUUUUGGAAGCAAGGAUUUUCGUGCUGCUUUAGAAAAUGGAGUCCUUCUGUGUGAUCUAAUUAACAAGAUCAAACCUGGCAUCAUUAAAAAGAUUAAUCGUCUGUCAACACCAAUAGCUGGGCUGGAUAAUAUAAAUGUGUUUUUGAAAGCUUGUGGAAAUCUUGGAUUAAAAGAAGCUCAGCUUUUUCAUCCUGGUGACCUUCAGGAUUUAUCUAAUCGUGUUACUGUCAAGCAAGAAGAGACCAACAGAAGAGUGAAAAAUGUUUUGAUUACAUUAUAUUGGUUGGGGAGGAAAGCACACAGUAACCCAUAUUAUAAUGGACCACACCUCAAUUUAAAAGCCUUUGAGAAAUUAUUAGGACAAGCCUUGACAAAGGCUCUUGGAGAAUCCUAUAGUCCCAAGCGAAGUGGAAGGGAUAGCGGAUACGGUGAUAUUUGGUAUCUGGAACGUAGCGACACACUUCCUUCAUCUAGCAGCCAUAAGAGAGACGAUUCAUUUGACAGCUUGGAUUCUUUUGGCUCAAGGUCAUCAGCAAGUUUCUCAUCAGACAUAACUUUGAAAGGUGGCAGUGAAGAUUGUGAAAGUGACAUAGAUUCUGAAACACACGCAAGAAUGCAUGACCCCCAUAAAGAUGACAUGUCAUACCGCAGAGUUGCCUUAAUUGAACCCAAGCCUGCUGCAGAGUUCAAUCGUUUCUUACCCAGCAAAGCCAAACCCCCAACAUAUAUGCCAGCACCCUUGAGGAAAAGAAGGACAGAGAAGAAUGAGGAUAACAGAAGAAGCUGGGCAAGUCCUAUGUUUACUGAGCCAGAUGGAACAUUUUCAAGUCACCAGACAAGAGCUUUGGAGCGAGAGAUGGAAUGCAAGUCAACAGCCAGUAUUCUUUCAGACUUCUCCAACUAUUUUGAGGAGGAGGAGGAAGAAGAAGAAAGGACAAUAGGCACUCCAGACAUUGAAACAGAUGACCUUUAUGUUCGCAAAAUAAAUGCUGCAGUGUCAAACGUAAAAGACUCUUCCCAUAAGUUUCUUCCUAAGUCUUGGGUUCCAGGGGAAGAAUUGCACUGGAAAAAAGCAAAGAGGAUAUCUUUUUCCAAACAGUGGUAUAAGGAGAUACAAGGAUUCAGUAAAAGCACAGAUUCUGAAGAGGAUAUUGCAAGAAUCCAGCAAAACAGUUGCAUCACCAAUAACUUGGAUAACAGUUGCAGAGAAGACUCAGACUUCAUUAAACAAGCAGCUGAAUAUGCUGCAAAAUCAUUACUGCAAGUUGGAGAAGAGAAAAUUAAUUAUUCAUCUGAUCUGCCAAGUCAGUUUUUAUUUCUUCGUGCUCUGCAAAAAUAUUCUGAUGACUACUUGUCUUCUGAAACUAGAACCAAAAUUGAUCCUGCUUCAGGGCCUAGGCUUGUAACAAGCAGAAAAAAUAAUUAUUUUAGGCCUGGGUCUGAUCAAAGGAACAAUGAAAAUGGAGACUUUUAUCCAGAUUUGGAGAACGAUGAUUUGUUUGUUCGCAAGACUGGUGCUUCCCAUAUGAAUCCAGUCAUGGUUCAAGAUUUUGAGUAUUUUAGAAAGUCCUAUAACCAAGGCCCUCACUUGGAAGGGGAAAUAGUUCUCCAGCCCAGAGAUGGUGAAACUGCAAUUCCAGACUUAGAAAAAGAUGAUCUUACAGUCCGCAAAACUCAACCACACAAGAAAGAAGUGCCCUUGUCGGGUGCCCCAGAUAGAUAUCAACCUGCUCUUUUUCCGGAUCCAUGGAGUCUUCCACCAGAAAUUCAGGCCAAAUUUCUUUGUUUGCUUGAAAAGACCACCGUGACAGAUGAGAGAGGAAGUGGUGGGAAGAUCUUAUCUCCUUCCUCUCGACAAAAGAAAGAUGAUAUGCUCGUCCGCAAGAUUGAGCUGUUAAAUGUAGGAAUUAAUAUGCAGACAAUUAGCUUUGCUCCAGGAGAGUGCAACAAAGAAGAUAUGGAGAAAUGGGAAGCAAUCAGAGAGGCCAGCAAAGUCAGACACAAGAAACGACAAAUGGUUGAAAGGCUGUUUCAAAAGAUUUCUGAUGAUCAUGGGAGUAAGUCCUUGAAUGAUGUCAGCGCAGAUGAGCUGCAGACUAUCCGCCAACUACGUUAUGAAGAGCUGCAGAGAAUAAGGACUCAGCUACAAGAACAAGAUGAACAGUGGCAAGAUGAUUUGGCAAAAUGGAAAAGCAGGAGGAAAAGUCACACGUCUGAUCUGCAGAAGAAAAAGGAGGAGAGAGAAGAAAUCGAGCGGCGCACUUCCGAACGUUCUGAACGACGCAGCAAAUCAUUGAGAGAAAUGCAGAGAGAGAGGGAGAGCAGAGAUGAAGGGCUCUAUAGCAGCAGUCAGAGGCAAGCAGAACACUGGAGGAUGUAUGAACCAACUGAUGAUGUAUUUAGUGAAGAGAAAAUGCCUUCAAGGCCUUCAAAAGAACAAAUUGUUGAAAAUGAUGCUCCACACAGCAUGACCAAGAGUGAAGAAAACAGUAAGGAGGCUGAUAAAAAAGCAGAGAGUUAUGCAGGCGUUGAAACGCAAAUUCCACCAAAGACUAUGACAGAAGAAAAGAGCCAGCCUCCUUUGUCGACUUACUAUUCAGGAAAUGCACAAACUGGGUCAGCUCGGGUUUCAGCUACUCUCCCAAGAAGUUACCAGAAAACUGAUACUGCCAGGCUAACGUCUGUGGUUACACCAAGGCCUUUUGGUCUCCAUUCGAGAGGAAUCUCAUCACUUCCUAGAUCAUUUACGAUGGAUGAUGCUCAAAAAUAUAAUGGAGAUAUAGAAGUCUCCAAGAGAGCUCAAACUAUGUUCACGACCCAUUCAUUCUCUAAGCCAGAAGUUGGGCAAAGUCAAUCCACAACUGACCUAAGAAGUACAGACGACAAAAUGAGUACAAGAUAUUCAGAGAAUACUUCUCUUACAAGUCAAGCUGCAGAUACUAAUCAUCCUAGUUCUAAAUCAGAACAUCAUAUUACUCAUGACUCAGUUACAGGUGUAUCUUCAAAAGCAGAAGAGGGAAGCCUUCCAGGGACUGAAGUUUCAAGAUUUCAAGAGCAGUACAGCGAUAUGAGAAUCAGUAUAAACCAGAGACCAGGCAGCAAUCGGAGCUUUGGGUUUGAAAUAUAUCAGAAUCCUUCUGGAGUCUUUGUGAAGUCAGUAGAAGAAGGUAGCCCUGCGGACUUUUGCCAGUUGAACGUUGAGGAUGAGAUCCUGUCCCUCAAUGGCGCAGACGUUUCAUGCAUGGACCAAAGCCAGUGGGAUGAAGUCAUCAAAAGUGCACUAGAAACAGGAUACCUUGUCAUGGAUGUCAGGCGAUAUGGAAGGAAAGACUGGGGCAAAGACCAGCCUUCCCUGCCAUAUGCAAGGCACAAAAUCCUCAAUCUCACCAGUAUGGCUACCAACCUUGUAGGUACACCUGAAAACAAAUGGAUAGAUGCAACGUCUGGAGACCACUCUUCAACCAAAAGUCAAUCAUCUCAAAAAGACUCUCACAACAAUAUACAGAAUGAAGAUUCAGAAGCAAAGGUCAAUGGAGUGCCAGUAGACACAAGUUCUAAUGAGCGAAAAGACACAGAACCUAUUUCUUUGAAAAACUUAAAAAGACGAUCACAGUUUUUUGAACAAGGAGGCUCAGAACCUGCAAUGCCUGAUCUCCCAGUGCCACCCAUCAGUGCACCUAGCCGCUGGACCUGGGAUCAAGAAGAAGAAAGAAAAAGGCAAGAGAAGUGGCAGGCAGAACAGGAGCGCUUGCUUCAGGAAAAAUACAAGCGUGAACAAGAAAGGCUGAAGGAAGAAUGGCUGAAAGCUCAACAAGAGGCAGAAAAAGAGAACACCAAAUAUUUAAAUGAGGAGCAGACUAUAUUGAACUCAAAUACAGUAUCUGUAAUUGCACCAGAACCACCUGCUUUCUUAUGGGGAACAAAUGGAAAUGACAAGACUGACUAUUCUGAUUCUGCUAGACAGUGGGAAGAGGAAAGAGAACAGGAGAAAAAGGAAAAAGAACGGACACGCCUUGAGGCACAGAGGUUGCAAGAAGCAGCAGCAGCCUUGCGAGCAGAACAAGAGAGGAGGCUUCAGCAGUUGCAAGAAGAAGAAGCCUUGCGAGCAGAACAAGAGAGGAAGCUGCAGCAGUUGCAAGAAGCAGCAGCCUUGAGAGCAGAACAAGAGAGGAAGCUCCAGCAGUUGCAAGAAGCAGCAGCAUUGCAAGCAGAACAAGAGAGGAAGCUCCAAAAGCUGAAACUAGAGAAGGAAUAUAAUGUAUGGGGCACAGCAUAUGGUGCAGAGGGAUCAAAGUAUAAGGAAGAGGCAGAACAGAAACCGCAGAGGGACCAAGUCAAGGAUGUUUCAGUACAAAGGUCCCAGUAUCAAAGACAUUAUGAAGCAACAAGAAACUCUGAUGAGCAACCAAGCUACUUAAGUCCUGAUAGAAAUAAAUCCCGAUCAACUACAGAUCUAGAUGAUCAUCAUGCCAAUAGAAAUGGCAUGAAGAACAAAUUUUCUGAGCAACCCUGGAAUGCUGGUGACUCACAGAAAAGGUCUCAGAAAGAACAUGGUUUGUCACCAGCUGAACUGGAAAGACAACAGAUUCUUCAGGAAAUGAGAAAGAAGACAUCCCUGCACACAGACAACAGCUGGAUCAGGCAGCGCAGUUCCAGUAUGCAUAAAGAACCUGUUGGUCUACCUGGCAGUAAAAUGAGGAGGGGUGAGAGUUUAGAUAAUCUUGAUUCUUCAAGAACAACAUCAUGGAGGCCCCAUUCUUGGAUGAGUCAGUCUGCCUCUUCAACAUCUUUAUCAUCUAAUCAAGAUUUUAGUCGUCAUGUGCCUCCUGUGGUGUCCACUUCAAAUCGUGCCUACAUGCGCACUCCUUCUUCCAGCCUGCCAUCUCCUUCAACCAGUUCUAUGAAAAGCUCAUCCUUGCCUCAUAUUCUCUCAUCUGCACCAUCUCCUGUUCCCCGGGCUCAGUCACCAACUUCUGUUUCUCAGUCUGGAACACAACAGCGCAACAGGUCGGUCAGUGGAAAGCGAAUGUGUUCAUACUGUAGGAACGUUCUGGGCAAAGGAGCAGCCAUGAUCAUCGAAUCUCUUGGUCUUUGCUAUCAUUUACAUUGUUUUAAGUGUGUUGCAUGUGAAUGUGACCUUGGGGGCUCGCAGGCUGGAACAGAAGUCCGCAUCCGAAACAAUGAACUCUUUUGCAACGACUGCUAUCUCAGAUUUAAAACAGCUGGACAGCCAACCAUCAUGUGAUCCAAGCCUAAAUACGAAACCACUGCUACAGAUAGAGGAGGAAGCUGCUGCUGUAGAUCUAUAAAUACAUACUGUGUGUGGUUUUUAAAAUAUGUUUUCCUGUUUAGACUAUGUAGAUCCUAUGUAUCCUUCAUUAAACUUAUUUUGUGCUAUUUAUGAAUAAGUAAUCACAAUAAGAAACUUCAGGAUUAAAAAUACAAAAUACCCAAGUUCAGUGAACAAUCCUCAUCCUUUUACAAAAGAGGAAGAAAAACAUUUAAUUGGUUAUUUCAGAAUGUUGGAGGCUGAUGAGGAACAAGCUUUAAUUUUCCAAUUAUAUAUAAAGAUGCUAUUUUUAAUGCUCUUAAAUGAGCAUUAUUGUGAUAAUAUGGAUUUGUAACUGCAAUUUCUAUUUUUGAUGCAUUUGCUAUGGAGUUCAGCAGGAUAUUAUAAAAACGGCAUCAAAAGGCACAGAGGUGGUUGCUGUCUAUAUCUCAGUUUCUAAGUUUAAGUAAUAUUAUCCUUUUAACACUAAAAUGUAAAUUUCAGUCUGUUUGCUUGGGGUUCAGUAUUUCAUUGUGCUUUAAUACUUAAAUCCAAUUGGGGAAAUUAUUUGUGAAGCGCUUUUUUUUUGUUCCAUGUUUGAAAAAUGCACCGCAAACAAGUUAAUAAGACUGAAGACUUUUUUCUCUUAUGUUGACUGAUUUUGUAUUUGUAAAUAAAGUUGCUGAUGGCUGCACUCAAAUGAAA